AUGGUGGUAUGCACCUUUUUCCAGCAGGGCCGCUGCAAGUUCGGAGAUCGCUGCAAGUUUGAGCACCCUGGCAAAUCUACUGGUGCAUCAGGGAAUCGAUUCGGUGCUAUAUCCGGAGGGUUUGGAGAUAUUCCCUUGCGCAAAAAUAUGAUCAAUCCUAUGCACCACGCGCCCUCUCAGGCUACCGUUCUUUCAAAAUCUAACAGUAGGUUUACGACAGGUCAAAGCCAGACUCAACAAGCGCCCGACCCAGCAGUUAAGGCAAGCGAUAUCAAGUCAGACUUGACCGCAGGCCAGGGUCGCCCUGAAUGGAUUUUCUCUGCAUACGCGCCCCACAAAGAUGUUGCGCGUCAGCUGUUCGGUGGUGCUCACCGUGAGCGGAGUAUGGAAGAGAUGCGCCUCCGUCAUUAUGAAUUAGCAGCAGCCGGCAACCUGAACCAGGCAGUCCAAGAAGCCUCAGCUCUGUGGCAAGAAUGUGUGCAGCAGAUGGAGAUCUCGCUGAACGACCUGAAUGGUGCCGUCAAAUAUGUCAAUGAUGGCAGGAAUGAACACCCCAACCGAAUCGACAUCAUCCAAGGAAAGACCCAGACUAGUGUGAGCCAAGCUCCAGCACCAUUUGGCCAACCUUCUACAUUUGGCCAACCCUCACCAUUUGGCCAGCAAAAUGUCGCCCCUACACCGACUGCGCCUGGAGCCUUCGGCGCCCCUUCCUCGACCUUUGGCCAGACUUCAGGACUCGGUCAGUCAGGGGGAUUCGGUAGGGCUUCAGCACCAGCGCAGCCGGCUGGUAUGGGCCAAUCCACGGCCUUCGGACAGACUUCUGCCUUGGGUGGUUCGGCCUUCGGUCAAACCUCCACCCUAGGAGGGCAGUCUGCCUUCAACAAAACACCUUUCGGCCAGCCAGCUCUUUCUCAGCCAGGAGUUAAUCCGAGCCCGUUCGGUGCUCCAUCUGUCGUCUCUCCCUUCACACAAGUGGCCCAGAACCAGCCUGCCGCUGGUGGGUUUGGCCAAAUCGCAGGACAACCUGCCCCGUCACCUUUCGGCCAGACUGCAGGACAACCUGCCCCGUCGCCAUUCGGCCAAGCAGCUGUCAAUCCAAGUCCAUUCGGCCAGCCCUCAGCCCCAGCAGGCGCCGCUCCAUUCGGCCAGCCCUCAGCUCCGGCCGGUGCCGCUCCAUUCGGCCAACCUUCAGCCCCGGCAGGCGCCGCCCCAUUCGGUGCACCGUCGACCGCUUCUCCCUUCACUCAGGUAUCUCAGAACCAACCUACUACUGGUGGGUUUGGCCAGAGUGCUGUACAACCUGCUCCGUCUCCCUUCGGUCAACCGGCAGUCCAAGGUGUGCCGGUGCAAAAUGUUAACGCCGGCCCGCGUGCAUACAUCAAAAUCGAUAAUCCUCAAGACCUCAACCCGCUUCCACAACUGGACGGGGAGACUCGACAUAACCCAUCAACUAAACAACUAGUGAUGUGGAAGGGCCGGCCCGUUAAGUAUAUCAACGAACACCCAUGCUAUCUUCACCCACAAGACAACAAAACCUUUGUCCGAGUCAACUUCCCUAACGGGCCACCUGAUCCAGCUAGUUUGAAGGAUGCACACGGCAAGCCUGAGGAGUACACCCCAGAAGUCGCUGAGGCAUAUCAAUUUUUCCUUCAGAAUGGCUACUUCAAGGAUGGCAACAUUCCUGCAGUACCUCCUAAGCAGGAGUGGCUCAGUUUCGACUUUUGA